CACAUGCACCCUACAUCAAUAUCACCAACGCGCGCGCGCGCACAUACACACACACACACACACACACAAAGAAGCUGCCACAAACCUCAAAAUUAAGGCAUACUACACACAGUUCGGCAAAUGGUAGUAAACACACACACACACCCCCCAAGGGGACAUACAGUCACAACCGCGGUCCAGGAACCUCACACUCGCAAACACAGUGCCCAAUCCGGUCACAAUUAAACUCUACUCACACCCGCACAAACAUAAACAAAAAGUCCUCCUCCCCGCCCUCACAGUUCCAUACACGGCCGCACAGACACACGCCCACCAUAGAGACACCCCCCGUCACAACCGUACACACGCCUCACAAUCGCUCCUUAGCCUGUUGCCCAAGCAGCCCACACAGGUCGGGAGUUCCUGUCGCGCCAGGCUCCGAGCCGCCUCACUUACGCCUGCUCGGAUAGGGUCAGCUCCGCUCUACUGGAAUCCAAGCAAGUCGACCCUAGCUAUCUCACAAAGCCCCAAGGCCGCUUGCCCAAACCCGCGGGAAGAUCCCGCCCACUCCUCAAGAGACAAUCUAGUUAUCGCGGGAGAGUGCCCUGGGCGUAGAGGCUUCUGGGAAGUGUAGUCCAGAAAGCGACAGGUUGCCGAAAGCUACAGCCCAACCAUCCCGAUUCCCAUGGCGCGGACUCUGGCACCAACAAAACUAUCUCUGAGUUCUGGAGGCUGGGAAGUUCAAGAUUGAGAUGCCAGCAGGAUUGGUGUCUGGUAGGUCUGCUCUCUGAUUCCAAGAUGGGACCUUGCUGCUGCAUCCUCCAGAGGGCAGGAAUGCUGUGUCCCCACAUGUCAGAAGCUCUGCUUUCCCAGCACGCUGCCUCACCAAGAAAGAAUCCAGAGGACUGGUUGACUUGGAAUGUUAAGUCAUGGCCCAUUUGAUGAUGUUCAGGGAUGUGGCUGUAGAUUUCUCUCAGGAGGAGUGGGAGUGCCUGGACCUGGAACAGAGGGAUUUAUAUAGAGAUGUGAUGUUGGAGAACUACAGCAACAUGGUCUCACUGGGUCUUUGCAUUUAUCAGCCAGAAGCGUUCUCUUUAUUGGAGAAAGGGAAAGACCCCUGGAAGAUUUUGAGGGAUGAGACAAGACGACCUUGCCCAGACAUGCAGUCGAGGUGUCAGACCAAGAAGUUAUUACCAAAAAAUGGCAUUUUUGAGAGAGAAAUAGCCCAAUUGGAAAUAAUGAAAAUUUGUAAAAACCACAGCCUUGAAUGUUUAUGUUUUAGAGGUGACUGGGAAGGCAACACUCAGUUUCAAACACUUCUAGAUAAUCAAGAGGAAUGUUUCAAGCAGGUGAUACGCACCUGUGAAAAAACGCUCACUUUUAACCAGCAUACAGCGUUUAAUCUACACCAGAGACUUAAUACAGGAGACAAACUGAAUGAAUUUAAAGAAUUGGGGAAAGCCUUUAUUUCUGGUUCAGAUCAUACUCAACAUCAGUUAAUUCACACAAGUGAGAAAUUCUGUGGAGAUAAAGAAUGUGUGAAUACCUUUCUUCCUGAUUCAGAAGUUACUCAGUAUCAGACAGUUCACACUGUUAAGAAAACAUAUGAAUGUAAAGAAUGUGGGAAGUCUUUUAGUUUACGUUCGAGUCUUACUGGUCAUAAGAGAAUUCAUACUGGUGAGAAACCUUUUAAAUGUAAGGAUUGUGGGAAAGCCUUUAGAUUUCAUUCACAACUUAGUGUCCAUAAGCGAAUUCAUACUGGUGAGAAAUCUUAUGAAUGUAAGGAAUGUGGGAAGGCCUUUAGUUGUGGCUCAGAUCUUACUCGACAUCAGAGAAUUCAUACUGGUGAAAAACCCUAUGAAUGUAAUCAAUGUAGAAAGGCCUUUAGUCAGCGAUCACAUCUUAUUAAACAUCAGAGAAUUCACACUGGUGAAAAACCUUAUGAAUGUAAGGAGUGUGGGAAAGCUUUUACUCGUGGAUCACACCUAACUCAGCAUCAGAGAAUUCAUACUGGUGAGAAAUCUCAUGAGUGUAAGGAAUGUGGAAAAGCCUUUAUUCGUGGUUCAAAUCUUGCUCAACAUCAGAAUGUUCAUGUUGGUAGGAAACCUUAUGAAUGUGAGAAAUGUGGGAAAGCCUAUAUUUGGAGCUCACACCUUGCUCGACAUCAGCGAAUUCAUACUGGAAGGAAAUCUUAUGAAUGUAAGCAAUGUGGGAAGACUUUUACUUGGGCUUCGUAUCUUGCUCAACAUGAGAAAAUUCAUAAUGAGAGGAAAUCCUAUGAAUGUAAGGAAUGUGGAAAGACCUUUCUUCAUGGCUCAGAGUUUAAUCGACAUCAGAAAAUUCAUACUGGUGAGAGAAACUAUGAAUGUAAGGAAUGUGGAAAGACCUUUUUUCGUGGUUCAGAACUUAAUCGACAUCAGAAAAUUCAUACUGGAAAGAGGCCAUAUGAAUGUGAAGAAUGUGGAAAAGCCUUUCUCUGGGGUUCACAACUUACUCGACAUCAGAGAAUGCAUACUGGCGAGGAACCUUAUGUAUGUAAAGAAUGUGGGAAAUCUUUUAUCUGGGGUUCACAGCUUACACGACAUAAGAAAAUUCAUACUGAUGCAGAACCUUAUGGAUGCAAGAAAAGUAGCCACAUCUUUAGUCACCAUUCAUAUUUUACUGAACAAAAAAUUCAUAAUGGUGCAAAUCUCUGUGAAUGGACAGACUAUGGGAACACCUUUAGUCAUGAGUCAAACUUUGCUCAACACCAGAAUAGUUACACUUUUGAGAAAUCAUAUGAAUUUAAAGAUUUUGAGAAAGCAUUUUCUUCAAGCUCUCACUUCAUUUCACUCUUGUGAAAUAUUAUAUAAAAGUGUAGGAAGGGCUUUAUUCAUGACUCAUUAAUUGAUGUCAUUUAUUUUCUUCUCUUGAGGAACCCCACAAAUGUAAGUAAUAUUGGAAGGCAUUUUAACAGGGCACACAUCCAGCACCAGCAGCAGCAGAGAAUUCAUCAUGCAAUCAAUAUAGGAAAGAAAUUACUGAUCAGUUAUCAAUUGCAGAGUAUCAGGGUAAAAUUUUAUGAGAUGAUAGCAUGAAUUCUUUUUGAAUCAUUCUCAAAACGUUCUCAUCAGAGAUGUUGCAAAAAUAAUUCAUAUAUAAUUUGGCCAGGCACGGUGGCUCACACCUGUAGUCCUAGCACUUUGGGAAGUGGAGGUGGGUGGAUCACCUGAGGUCAGGAGUUCGAGACCAGCCUGACCAACAUGGUGAAACCCUGUCUCUACUAAAUAUACAAAAAUUAGCCGGGCAUGGUAGCACACGCCUGUAGUCCCAGCUACUCGGGAGGCCGAGGCAUGAGAAUUCCUUGAACCUGGGAGGUGGAGGUUGCAGUGAGCCAAGAUCACAUCACUGCACUCCAGCCUGGGUGACAGAACAAGACUCCAUCUCAAAAACAAAAACAAAAACCCACAAGGAUUUAUAUAUAAUUCAUUUUGGAAAUCUUUCAUCAUUAGCAAAAUUCUGUUGUAUUUCCACAAAAAUCAUUAAUUAAUCUAGAAAAGCCUUGAACUAUGUCAUACAAUUUAUUUGGCAUGUCUUGUUUCAAUACAUCCUGCCUCUCUAUUUUUUUUGAAAAGUAUCUUAAAUCUAUGUCUGUUUAAUCGUAUUCAUUAGAUUGUAAGGGUUGAAUGAUUUGAGAUUUACAUGACUUAGUGACUGUCAUUUGUAUUGGUAUUAAGCCAUUUUAUGAGAGGAGGACUUUAAGACUAUAAUGAUUAUAGACAAAUAUGUCAUCUCUAUUUAUGUCUUAUUGAACAUCAGAAUGUUAAUUCUGAAAAAAAAUUAGUAAAAUACAAUGAAGAAAGCUUUGAAUGA